AUGCGCCGCGCACCGAGUUUGGCAAGUCCACCACCCGCGCUCCGCCUGCCGCGCGCGCGCGACCGCGCUGCCCCACCUACGGUCUCGUCGGCCCGCGAGCGGAGCCCGGCGCGCCUCGACACGAUGGGAGAGCCCCGGGCGGCGCGGUUGGCGCGCGAGGCGGCGCGCCGCAAGAGCGCGCCCGAGACGCUGGCGGCCCUGCGCCUGCCCCAGGCGGCGCCGACCACGCUGGCGCCGGUGCGGCACCAGCCCAAGCUGCCUUCCCGUAAUUUCGCGCCGAACACGCUCAGCCCCAUGGCCUGCGCAGCGCCCGGCGAGCUCUUCGCCUGCUCUGCACCAUCGCCGUCUUCGGUGGCGUCGCCGCCGGCAGCGCACGUCGCCGCGCAGCGGCCGUCGAGCGCGCGGCCGGGCCACCGCGGCGGCGGGCGGCGGUCGGACCGGUCGCGGUCGGACCGAUCGCCGUCGGGUGGCGGCGCGCGGCCCCGGUCCGCGCCGCGCGGCGGCCGGCGGCGCAGCGACACGGACUUGAUUUUUGUGGAUGACGCCCGCCGGCCCUCCUGGGCCGAAGCCAUGUUGGAGGCGCGACGGUCGCCGCGCGCCGUCGCGCCGCCGCCCGAGAGGGCGCCGCGCCGGCUCGGGCCGCUCGAGCCCCUCUACCCCAACCCCGCGCGGACAGCGCGGCCCUCAACCCCGGAGAAGCUCGUGCUCCGGCGCCCGCGUCAACUGGCGGCCGUCUACUAG